UAGAUACAUACAUAGAUAGACUGACAGAUAGAUAGAUAGAUCGAUAGAUAGAUAGACUGAUAGAUAGAUAGACUGAUAGAUAGAUAGAUACAUACAUAGAUAGACUGACAGAUAGAUAGAUAGAUCGAUAGAUAGAUAGAUAGAUAGAUCGAUAGAUAGACUGAUAGAUAGAUAGAUACAUACAUAGAUAGACUGACAGAUAGAUAGAUAGAUAGAUAGAUAGAUAGACUGAUAGAUAGAUAGAUAGAUAGAUAGAUAUUCUUUUCUUUUUAAUAAAGUCAACAUUGUUAACACACACACAGACUCUUCCCACUGCCCCCCAACCUGCAUCGCCCAUCUGUCAUCCCACUAUCAUCCCUCUCUCUCUCCACACACACAUACACACACACACAGCCACUCCCUCUCUCAGGGUUUGGCAGUGGGGUGGGGGGACAGAGAGAGAGAGACAGAGAGAGAGACAGAGAGAGGGUGGUUGUGCUCUGAUCCUCCUGUUCUGGCCAUUUGAGAAGAGUCCUGCACCGUGUGUGAUGUGUGUGUGAUGUGUGUGUGAUGUGUGUGUGAUGUGUGUGUGAUGUGUGUGUCAGACCCACACACACUGGAUAUUUUUACUGCUCCCUGGAGCUAUUUUAGGAAAUAUUUGAGAUUUCGGUGCUGAGAGAGCGGAAUGUACGGUUCAACAUGUCAUCUUGGAUCGACGUGGACAGUCUGAGGUAGUGAAACAUAGAGUUAGCGAACUGUUCACACCUUUUACACUUCAUCUCCAUCUGAAAACACACACCUGGUGUCCUCUCAAUCAGGUGUGUCCAGGAGUGCGCUUGCUUUGCUGUGAAUUUUUAUUUUUUUUCCAAAAAUGGCCGACCCUUAUCAAAACAGCUAUCACCAUGGUGACGGUUACCAGGCCGAAUACCAGGAGGAAGAAGACGCGGCGAGUGAUGACACCGAGGGUCACGAUGAGGACGACCAGAUGUACGAGGGCGAGUACCAGGGCAUCCCGCACCCGGAUGAGGUCAAAGCGCCGAGGUCUAAGUUGAAGGUUCGUGCUGAUCAGGACGAAGACGACGGCCUGGCGGAGCAGUACGAGGAGAUCAUAGAGGACUGUGGACACGGACGCUUCCAGUGGAGUCUGUUCGUGGUGCUCGGCUUGGCGCUGAUGGCCGACAGCGUCGAGUGUUUCGUCGUGGCGUUGGCGCUUCCCAGUGCUGAAAAGGACAUGUGCAUGUCUAACGCAGAGAAAGGCAUGCUGGGUCUGAUCGUUUUCCUGGGAAUGAUGUUCGGAGCGUUCGUUUGGGGAGGAAUGGCCGAUAAAGUGGGACGACGGAAAUGUCUGCUCAUCGCUCUGACCAUCAACUGCAUCGCCGCCUUCCUUUCGUCCUUCGCUCAGGGAUACGGAUUCUUCAUCUUCUUCAGACUCAUCUCUGGCUUCGGGAUCGGAGGCUCUGUCCCGAUCGUGUACUCGUAUUUCUCAGAGUUUCUGCAGAUGGAUAAGAGAGGAGAGCACCUCAGCUGGCUCUGUAUGUUCUGGAUGAUGGGUGGAAUUUAUGCUUCGUUCACUGCCUGGGGCAUCAUCCCUCAUUACGGAUGGGGUUUCAGUAUGGGUUCAGAGUUUCAGUUCCACAGUUGGCGUGUGUUCGUGUUGGUGUGUGCGCUGCCGGCCAUCGCCGCUCUCAUCGGUCUCAUGUUCAUGCCCGAGAGUCCACGUUUCCUGCUGGAGCACGCUAAACACGACGAGGCCUGGAUGAUCCUGAAGCACGUUCACGACACUAACUGGAGAGCGAAAGGAGAACCGGAGAGAGUGUUCACCGUUUCUCAGAUCAAGACCCCGAAGACGCAGGAGGACGAGUUUUUUGAGAUUCAGACCUCCACCGGAACGUCUUUCCAGAGAUGGGCGGUCCGCACCGUGACUCUUAUCAAACUGGUGUUUAAGAACGUCGUGUCCCUCUUAGCUCACGAUCUGAGACUCGCUACUCUGCUCAUGGCCGUUAUCUGGUUUACGAUGGCUUUCAGCUACUACGGAUUAGCCGUGUGGUUCCCGGACAUGAUCAAGCACCUCCAGUACGAGGAGUACGAGUCCAAGGUGAAGAAUUUCCCCAGAGAGAGAAUCGAAAACUUCCACUUCAACUUCUCGCUGGAGAAUCAAAUCCACCGAGACGGAAAAUACAUCAACGACAAGUUUAUCAGCAUCGUGAUGAAGUCUGUAAAGUUCGAGGACUCGCUCUUUGAGGACUGUUAUUUUGAAGACAUCAGGUCUACAGACACGUAUUUUGAAAACUGCACCUUUAGAUUCACCAUCUUCAACAACACCGAUUUGUACAAGGAGAACUUCAUCGACUGCAGGAUGGACAACACAAGCUUCCUCCACCCCAAAAAGGGCUGCCAUCUAAACCUCGAGGAGGAGAACGAUGUCCUCAUUUACCUGGUCAGCUUCCUGGGAAGCCUGGCUGUGCUUCCUGGGAAUAUCAUCUCAGCGCUGUUCAUGGAUAAGAUCGGGAGAAUUAAAAUGAUCGGAGGCUCCAUGCUCAUCUCCGCCGGCUGCACCUUCUUCCUCUUUCUGAGUUUCAGUCAGGCGGCCAUCAUCGCCUUGCAGUGUCUGUUCUGUGGCGUCAGCGUAGCGGCGUGGAACGGCAUCGAGGUCAUCACCGUGGAGAUUUACCCCGCCUCUAAAAGAGCCACAGCAUUUGGUGUCCUAAACGCAGUGUGUAAACUGGCGGCCAUCUUGGGAAGUUCCAUCUUUGCCUCAUUUGUGGGGGUCACUAAAGUCAUUCCCAUCCUCCUGUCCUGUGCUGCACUGGUGUGUGGAGGACUGCUGGCUCUGAAACUGCCCGAAACCAGAGAGAAAGUUCUGCUGUGAUGGGAAACCCUCAAACACACACACACACACACACACACACACACACAAGCUGGCAGUAAGGAACAACCUGAAACACUAGUUGAAGUCCUAAUAAGAAAUGUUAUUAGACAGACACAAUACCCAUCUUUAUCAUCAAUAAACUCACACACCGAGUUCACCACGUUACUCCCGGUGUCCCAGACCAUCUCUGUAGAUUUUAAUUCAGUAAUAAACAUCAGGUUAAAUAACAUCACCUCGAACGAAUCAUUCACAUGAACACAUUUACACUUCACACGCAGACGAGAUCAUCAAGAAGUUUUAAACUUGAUGAAAAAUAUAUACCCGAGCCGAACAAAAGCCUAAUCUAUUCGAUGAUGAAAGAGUCCCAAACCGGUUAGGAUGUUUUUUCCACUGCAAAAAGUACUGAAAAUUUCGGCACCAGGGAGUAAAUAGGACCUCGUGCAGGAUCUCAGGGGGCGGGGCUAACAGCACUGUUUGUAUCCGAUUGGUUACAACGCAUAACCUCAGUAAUAGGAUUUUUUUUGUGUGUGUGUCUCAUUGCAAUUUUUCUCCCUCCAUAUAUACAUAUAUGUAAAUUUACUUAUAAAUCAAUCAAUGUUCAUAAAUGUUUUUAAUAACCUGUGCAAUAUUACGUUAUUGUUAGUCGUACUCUGUAACCAAGUUGGGAAAAUUCUCUUUUUAAUUAAUUAUUCGUCUAACAAUUCAUCAUCAGAACAAAUGAACGAGGCAUUUUUUUAAAAAACUUUUAACUCAACAACCAAUCAGAGAGAGGACCGGAGCUAACCCGAGCCCUUCCGUCAUGUUGGGUUUAAUGAGGAUGCAGUCGCUUUUACUGUCGUCAUGGUGACCAUUUAAAUCGUCUCUCGAACUGAACCAGAACCAUGUGCUCCGUUGGUUCUGGUUAGUUAAAGGUGCAGUGGAAAAAAAUGAUCAAUUCAUUCAUUUUUAAAAAAUUUAAAACGCCCAAUGAUCGUCCAGAACACGCCAAA